UAACGGAUGAAUCUGAGGCAUAAUAUGACUGAUCAUUCAUUUUCUGCAAACCAGUUAUCGCAGUGCUUUACUACUAGAAACAGAAACAAAUCUUCCGAUGAUGAAAAUAGGAGAAAUUGUUCGUUAAGUGAAAGACAAAAUAUUCGGUCAAAAAUUGAUGCAGUCAUAAAAUAAAUACAAAAUCGAUAUUCCCUCUAGACAAAAUACAGCUUGUAAGGAAAUCUCGGGUUCCAGACUAGAGAAUGAAAGUACAUGAGAGCAUCGUGUUAGGAAUAAAUCCUCAAGGAGAUCAAGCAGGGUUGAUCUAGAUCAAAAAUGAACUUUUUAUAAUAAAUUAGAACGGGAAAAUAUAAGAGUUAAUAGUCCCAGACAGAUAUCUCCUAACUGCUAUAAGAGGGAUGAUAAACCUGAGGCUAAGAUGUCCGAUCUGGCUGAUAGGAUAGAUAAAGUCAACCUUACAAUGACCAAUAACUUUGAAAGUUUGUUUAAAAUAGUUGUCAACAUCACAACUAUGCUGAGAGAUUUAUCUGCAGAAGUGAGUCAGGUCAAAUCUAGUCUGGACCAGUGCCAGACUAAUAUCACUUUUACCCAAGAUAACAGGGAACGAUUCGGGUCGUUUCACAAACAGGAUAGUGGAAACAAGGAGAAAUCACAAGCUACUAUUCCUAUUGCAGCUAAGGUGGCUCCUGAUGAAGAGCUAUCUGAUCUCUGGAAUCUCCCCAGAAACGUUAAAACGAAAGCACCUCAGAAGGAAGAGAGUGACUCUGAUGAUAGAAUCAAACCUUCUUGCAACUUUGAUUAUGAAAAACAUCUAAGAGAGAUCAGUUCGAUUACUAGUGUGUUUAACUUGUCCCAGACUUUAGAGAAGAACCAAGAGGUUUCAAGAUCUUCCCGUUUUGAAAAUCCCUAUAAUACGGAAGGCAUUGAAGCUAAAUUGGAAAACCUUAAACAAAUACCUACUGAGAGCCCUGAGACAUCAGAGUUAAAGGUCCAGUCAGAAAGGAUCAAGAGCUCGCUUUCGGCAUAUCUCGAAGAUAGGGAUCGAAAGAAAGGGAUGUUUGCUCGUUCCUCUCAGAAGCAAAGUGAAUGCUCUAGUCCUAAAUUCAUGAAUUUCCUUAACGAUGAUCCUAAGAUUGUUGGAGCCAAGGAGAGUACGCUCUCCAGUAUCCCUUCUGAGUUUGGUGAUAAUGAGAAUAAUCUUUGUAACAAUACUGCUUUGAGAAGAUCACGAGUCCGAUCAAAGACAUCGUGUAAGGAAAGAGAAGCCCAAGUUGAGGAAAAGAUUAUUAAAAGUUUUUCUGGAUUCAAUUAAGAAA